AUAUGCCGUCUACCCGCGGCCAUCUCAUAUGCCGUCCUCCGCUGCUGGACGCAGAGAGAGAGACAUACGGGACCAAUUCCCUGGGUGACGGUAGAUUUUUUAUUAUUUUUAAUUUGACGGGAUUGAGUUUGGUUGCUUUUCGUCAGGGAUGGCCCUACCCUCCCCUAUAAAUCACCCGUCCCCGGGGAUCUCAGCUCUCCCUCCGACUCCGAUUCCUCGACCCCCCAGCCCUCUUCCCCUGCCCUACAAGCCCUCGCCUUCUCCUCUCCUUCGGUGGUCUUACUCUGCUACGCGGUGCGGCUACUCCCUCGGCGGUGGGAUGGAGACGGGUGCGGCGGCGGGGUCGUUCCCCAAGCGGAGCCUGGUGACUUCCCACCACCUCCGGCACGUGGAGUCCAUGUCUCGGCUGCCGUCCGGUUGUGGCAAGAUCUCGCACCUCAACGCGAUCAUCCUUGGUGAGUCGCUCGCCUCCGAGGAGAACGACCUCGUCUUCCCCAGCCCCGAGUUCUCCGCCCAGGCCCUCGUCUCCUCCCCCGAACAGUAUCGACAAAUGUAUAAGCGGUCAAUAGAGGAUCCUGCGGGUUUCUGGUCGGAGAUCGCUUCCCAGUUCUACUGGAAAGAGAAAUGGGAUCCGGAAGUCUACUCGGAGAAUAUUGACGUGAGGAAGGGGAUCGUUAAGAUCGAGUGGUUCAAAGGAGCAACAACAAACAUAUGUUACAAUGCUCUGGAUCGAAAUGUAGAAGCAGGGAACGGUGGGAAAGUUGCCAUCUACUGGGAAGGCAAUGAGCCGGGUCAGGAUGGGCAGCUGACGUAUGCUCAGCUGUUAGAGAAGGUUUGCCAGCUCUCCAACUACUUGAAACACGUUGGUGUUGGCAAGGGGGAUGCAGUGGUCAUCUACUUGCCUAUGUUGAUGGAGUUGCCGAUUGCAAUGUUGGCAUGUGCUCGCAUUGGUGCGGUGCACUCGGUUGUGUUCGCUGGUUUCUCUGCAGAAUCUCUUGCCCAAAGAAUUCUAGAUUGUAAACCAAAAGUAGUGAUAACCUGCAAUGCAGUCCGGAGAGGUCCCAAAGUCAUUCAUCUCAAAGAGAUAGUGGACAGUGCUCUAACGGAGUGUGCCAAGUAUGGAGUCUCUGUAGGCUUGUGUUUGACAUAUGAAAACCAGUCAGCCAUGGAGAGAAAAGUCACAAAGUGGCAGGAAAGACGAGAUGUGUGGUGGCAGGAUGUUGUCCCAAAGUUUUCAUCAAAAUGUGCAGUGGAAUGGGUUGAUGCAGAAGAUCCACUAUUUCUCUUGUACACAAGUGGCAGCACUGGAAAGCCUAAGGGCGUUUUACACACAACUGGGGGUUAUAUGGUAUAUACCGCAACAACAUUUAAGUAUGCAUUUGACUAUAAGCCAUCAGAUAUAUACUGGUGUACUGCUGAUUGCGGCUGGAUCACCGGACACAGCUAUGUUACUUACGGGCCUCUUUUAAAUGGAGCUACUGUUGUUGUUUUUGAAGGGGCUCCAAGCUACCCAGACUCCGGACGAUGUUGGGAGAUUGUUGAUAAGUACAAGGUUUCAAUAUUCUAUACUGCCCCAACACUGGUGCGUUCCCUUAUGCGUGAUGGUGAUGAGUAUGUUAUUCACUAUUCCCGUAAAUCGCUGCGUGUUCUAGGGAGUGUAGGAGAGCCCAUCAAUCCUAGUGCAUGGAGGUGGUUCUUCAAUGUUGUUGGGGACUCACGAUGCCCUAUAUCAGAUACCUGGUGGCAAACUGAGACUGGUGGCUUCAUGAUAACGCCUUUACCUGGUGCUUGGCCGCAGAAGCCUGGAUCUGCCACCUUUCCAUUCUUUGGGGUUCAGCCUGUUAUUGUUGAUGAGAAAGGAAAUGAGAUAGAAGGUGAAUGCAGUGGGUACCUUUGCAUCAAAAAAUCAUGGCCUGGGGCAUUUCGCACACUUUAUGGUGAUCAUGAAAGAUAUGAGACAACAUACUUUAAACCAUUCCCUGGUUAUUAUUUCACUGGUGAUGGCUGCAGCAGGGACAAAGAUGGUUACCAUUGGCUCACUGGAAGAGUUGAUGAUGUUAUCAAUGUCAGUGGACACCGUAUUGGCACUGCAGAGGUAGAAUCCGCCCUGGUCUCGCAUCCCCAGUGUGCAGAGGCGGCUGUGGUUGGAGUCGAGCAUGAGGUUAAAGGGCAGGGCAUUUAUGCAUUUGUCACAUUGGUGGAAGGUGUUCCUUACAGUGAAGAACUCCAAAAGAGCCUUGUAUUAACAGUUCGAAACCAGAUUGUUCUCCCGCCUGAUCAGCGCGGCCAUCCUCUCCAGGAUGCUUUCCCUUCUUAUCUUCCGGAAAUACCCCUGUUACAUGCGCCUUCUCACAUCUUCUACCCGUCUGCACGUGGCUGUAAAGCAAUAAAAACGCCGAACGAAGCCUUAAUUGCUCUUUUGCAUCUUUAUACUGAUUCAGUGGCAGAUAGAAGAAGGUGAAGGAAUCAAAAAUUAUUGUCGUAGGUGUACACGAAGGUCUCCACCUGUGAUCAUAGCUUCAGUGUCCAUUUCUCACCAUGGCCUGCGGGGAGAAGUGCUGGGUGAUCAACAUCUGCUGCCAGCUGAAGAACGUGAACCCGGACGAGCUGGAGCUCUGGAGGAAGCAGUCCAUCUACAAGGUGCCUGCAAGCAUCGAGGAUCUCAACAGCAAAGCCUACAAAGCCUCGGGUGGCGUCAUUUGGCAAAGCACAGGCGGUGCCUGUGGAGGAUCCCAAGCGCAGAGCCCUCCACUUCCUCCAGAGGUUGGAGAAGCCCUCGGAUGAUUUCGUGGCUGCAAUGGAGGAGGUGGUGCAGCAACUGCAGGAUGCCUAUCAGAACCACGACGAAGAGUGGAGGAGAGACGGAGAGGUUCUUCGAGCUCGUGAUUGAUGAUGGUUGUUGACUUGUUUCAUGCUUGAAAUCUUACGUGUCUCCAA